AUGAAUUGUAUAAUAAAACCCUUUGGAGUUUCAUUAUAUCCCUUGCACUCGUCUAUUUUCCCUGUUUCUCCUUCCAGGGCCUCGAUCAACGAUAAAAUCGACGGGAAAAAAUCUGAAGGAGGUGAUAAAGACCCAGGAGGGACCUUCAGAUGUUUUCUCUGUCCUCUAGAGGAGCAUUUCGACUACAGGGGAAGCAAGCCCCCAUUCUCACGUGAUAUCCUGUACCUCGAGGAGUGCUACAUCAUGAGAGAUCCCUUUAGUCCCCCCAAUAAGGGAGAAGUUCUCGUCCUGGGGGGUGACUGCUCACUCUGUGAGAGAACUGUGUGCCUGGGAUGCAGUAUUUUCUACACCAAACGAUUUUGCAAGGAAUGUGCCAACAAUAACGUCAACUUACCGAUACAGUUACAGAGUAAAGUUAAGAGCCUUAAUAAAAGUGAUAAUUAACAUGUCCAUAUUGGUUAAAUUUUUUUUUCCCAUUUUCUGAAAUUUAUGAUGACUUAGACUCACGAAGUUCUCUGUUGUUUGAUCGUUGAAGUACAACAAGUGCUAGAAUUAGUGACCUUGUGGGUGUAUUUAAUCGGAGGGUUAAUCAUGUUUCAAUAAAUU